AGUAACAACAACAGCGAGCAGUGUUUUCUUUCUACGAGUUUGGUUGGUGUGGUUAUGAGCAGCCCCAUGGCCGGCUCCACCGCCUCCAGUUCUAAAGACCGUCCUGCUUCCAGGACCAGCUUCAUCCCCGAGCUACAGAGCAUGAUGUUCGCUCUGGGAGACGCUCGCAGGCCAUUGCAAGAGACAGCAGCUCUGGUGGAGGACAUCGUGCACACGCAGCUCAUCACUAUGCUGCAUCAGGCCUGCGAGGGGGCGUCUCUUCGUGGGUCGAGGGUCAUCUCGGCUGAGGACAUCCUGUUCCUGAUGAGGAGAGACAAGAGGAAAGUGGCGCGGCUAUUAAAAUAUCUCCAGUUUAGAGAUUAUAAAUCAAAACUACUCAAAAGUCUCGAGGAGGAAGAAGUGACACAGGACACAGGUGCUGCUGCUCCUGCUGCUGGUGUUGCCGGCGGUAACCAGCGGAGGCAACGAUUAGCCCAGGAUUUCUUGGUGUGGAUGGAUCAGACGGGCGAGCUUCUGUCGUUGGCCGAUCGACAGGAAGUAGAUCCCAUCAAACAGGAGCGCAUGGAGCGUUUGGAGCGUCAGACUCGAGCCAUGGACCCGGCUCAGUACUCUGAGUUCUGUGAGAGUCGACAGCUGAGCUUCGCUAAGAAAGCGUCCAAGUUUCGUGACUGGUUGGACUGCAGCAGCCUGGAGCUGAAACCCAACAGCCUCGCCAUGGAGAUCCUGUCAUACCUGGCCUAUGAGACCGUUGCCCAGAUUGUAGAUUUGUCGCUGUUGGUGAAACAGGAAAUGGCAGCGAAGACCAAUCCUAUCAGUCAUGUGAUCUCCGCCAGCUACAUCCACUACAACACACACACUGAGGUAAAGAAGGAUCCAGACUCACCUGAGGCGACCCCUCCCUCCACUCCUGGCUCCUCCCACUCCGCUAAACCCCUCCAACAAGGCAACGGCAGUCUGGACGGCCGAGCACGACAGAGGAAACGCAAAAAGAGCUCUCCGGCUGCAGUUGAACCUCCCAGCGGAGCGAUCCAGCCCUGUCACAUCAGAGAGGCCAUCAGAAGAUACAACUACAGACACACAAGUUCGUACUGGAGGAGCGGGAUGUCCUUCCUGGCCUGCUGAGGAUCUCACACAC